AUGGCAGAGCACCAAGAAGACAUCGCCGACCGGGCGACUACAACGGUCGUUCGAGAGAAGGAUGAGGAAGAAGACGUUUUUGCUAGCGACACCUUGAAAGGCGCGCAGAGGGCCACCGAGGAGGAGCACGGGAUGAGCCUACGCGAGGGUAUCCGCAAAUACCCCAAAGCAGUGUUCUGGUCUAUACUCUUCUCUUCGGCUCUUAUCAUGGAGGGAUUCGACCACGCGUUUGUCAGUGGAUUUUUCGCCUUUCCUGCAUUCCAAAAGAGAUACGGAGAGCUUCAAAGUGACGGGAAGUACCAAGUACCAGCCACCCUUCAGUCAGCCGUGGGCAAUGGUGUCAAUGCUGGUGAAAUCAUUGGUUUACUCCUCAAUGGUAUCAUUGCGGAUUUGAUCGGGCAGAGAUGGGUCAUGGUCGGCUCUCUAUUUCUGAUGAUGUGUUUUAUUUUCCUGCAGUUUUUUGCGACCAGCAUAUACAUGUACCUGGGAGCUGAAAUCCUCCUGGGUAUCCCUUGGGGUGUCUUCCAGACCCUGACAACUACCUACGCGGCCGAAGUCUGCCCGAACGUCCUGCGACCCUAUCUCACAAUGCUAGUCUCUUUGUGCUGGAGUAUUGGCUACCUGCUCGGUACUGGUGUCCUUCGUGCCUUCUUAUCGUCGGAAGGACAGUGGGCCUACCGAAUUCCAUUUGCUCUACAAUGGGUAUUGCCGAUUCCACUCGCAAUCGGUAUAUUCCUUGCACCCGAGUCUCCGUGGUGGCUCAUUCGCAAGGGGCGCAUUGCAGAUGCCGGUGCAGUGAUAAAACGACUACGGUCCAGAGAUACUCCUGAGGACGAGAUCGCAGAUACUGUCGCCAUGAUGGAGCACACCGUUAAAAUCGAAAACGAGAUGAAGGCUUCCAGUACCUAUUGGGACUUGUUCAAGGGGGUCGAUCUGCGUCGAACAGAGAUUGCAGUUUUUGCCUGGCUCAUUCAAGAGCUUUGUGCCCCUCUUGUUUCUUAUAUUGUGUAUUUCCUGGAGCAAGCAGGCCUUGCAUCGACUGCUUCGUUUGACUUUGGUAUGGGGGAAUAUGCGCUGGCUAUCGUUGGCGUUUUCAUCGCAUGGUAUUUGGUGCCAAAAGUCGGUCGACGCACCUUGCUCCUCUACGGUACCGCAUUCAUGACUGUGACCACAUUUGUCAUUGGUUUCAUGGGAAUCCCGAGCAUAGCAACACAUCCAAAUAUUGGGUAUGGAAUCGGUACUAUCCUGCUGAUUGAAUAUUUUGUCUUCUUCAUCACAAUCGGUCCGAUUAUCUACACUAUCGUUUCCGAGAUACCAUCAAACUGCCUUCGAAACAAGACCGUUGUGCUCGCUCGCGCAGUCUAUAAUGUGGCCGUUUUGGUUUAUGGUCAAUUGGUUCCUCAUAUGAUGCAAACUGUUGCGUGGAACUGGGGAGCAAAGUCUGGUUUCUUCUACGGUGGUAUCAUGGGGCUUGGUCUAAUCUGGGCAUAUUUCCGACUCCCCGAGACCAAGAAUCGGACUUUUGCUGAGAUGGAUAUUUUGUUCAAGAAUAAGGUUAAAGCUCGCGAUUUUAAAGAUACUAAGGUGGAUAUCGCCACAGAGACUGUUUCUCAACGGUGA